UUUUCUCUUUGUGGUGUGCAAAGCGGGCAAACGGACGGAUGGGCGAGAGCGAAUGCGUGCGGCAAAUUGAGUGGGAAUGGAGUUGACUUGUCUCGCAAACGCGGAAGCGUAAAGCUUGCUUUGAGGAAUUGCGAUGCAGCCGAAGCGACGCGGGAAAGAGGGAGGAGGGAAAGAGGAGAGAGAUGGAAAUGAAGGAAGGGCGCAAAAUAGUAGGCGGAGAGGAGAGGAAGGAAGGAGGAAAAAAGGAAGUAAGUGGUGGAGUUUAAGUCUAAUACGGAUACUAGAGGAGAGGAAGGAAGGAAGGAGUGGAGAUGGAGAGGAUGAGCGAGAAGACGAGAAGGCGCGAGUGUCAAAUGGAGAACGAGCAAGAGUGGGAAGUGUGGAGACCACAGAAGCCCUUUGCUUGGCGGGCGGGUGUGCUUGGGCGUGCUGGGGGAAGGAAGGAACGGAGGCGAUACUGUACGCUCACUGUGCGAUGACCCGAUGAAGCCUGCCACG